UCCUCAGUUACCCAGCAUGGGCUGAGGUGGCCACACCCCGGCAGGGGUCUCAACUUCAGGAAUAGCUUUAAAGCCUGUUGGAGCUUGAACGCUGGAUACUUUGAAGUUGCCCUCAACCUGGCUGAAGCCCUUCCCAGCACAGUUGGCCGAUAUGAAAAUCCAUGGACAAUCCCAAAUAUGCUGUCAAUGACAAGAAUUGGCUUGGCCCCCGUGUUGGGCUAUCUGAUCCUUGAAGAAGAUUUUAAUGUUGCACUAGGUGUUUUUGCUCUAGCUGGGCUAACGGAUUUGUUGGAUGGAUUUAUUGCUCGAAACUGGGCCAAUCAAAAAUCAGCUUUGGGAAGUGCUCUUGAUCCACUUGCUGAUAAAGUUCUUAUCAGCAUCUUAUAUGUUAGCUUGACCUAUGCAGAUCUUAUUCCAGUCCCACUCACUUACAUGAUAAUUUCAAGAGAUGUAAUGUUGAUCGCUGCAGUCUUUUAUGUCAGAUACCGAACUCUGCCAACACCGAGAACUCUAGCUAAGUACUUCAAUCCCUGCUAUGCUACCGCUAGGUUAAAACCCACAUUCAUCAGCAAGGUAAAUACAGCAGUCCAGUUAAUUUUGGUGGCAGCUUCCUUGGCAGCUCCAGUUUUCAAUUACGCUGACAGCAUUUAUCUUCAGAUACUGUGGUGUUGUACAGCCUUCACUACAGCUGCGUCAGCAUACAGUUAUUAUCACUAUGGUCGGAAAACUGUUCAGGUGAUAAAGGGCAAAUGAGAGGCAUCCAGCUCCAGCGGCAAGGAAGCGACUUGCAUCAGCAGCAGCAGCAGCACCAGCGAAAGCUACAGGACUUUCCCCAUCUUGGUGUUCAGCGUGUGAAAGGACUUGUCAGGCAAACCAUGUCUCAAACCGAAGGAACGGACGUCGAAGAUAAGCUCUAUCAUGGGCCUACGCAGAAUUUCCAGUGUAUUUUUAAAUACAAAUAAAACUAUAAUGUAGAAUUUUUAAUCUUAGGUUUUUGAUUAAUUUGUGAGAUGAAUUAUUCUAGUUAUUGUCUUUUUUUUUUUUUUUUAAUGUUUUUAAAAAACAUAGUUGAUAGUAUUGAAACAGGAAAGCAGGAGGGAUUUCCUGAGAUUAGAUAUAUACCCUACACAGCGUGGCUAUGAGUUUUUAUGUUUGAAUUUUAAAUCUAUAUACACAUUAACAUUUCAUGUGGUGAAUACCUGACAGUUUGAAAAGGUGAGAAUAAACUUAGCUGCGGGGUAGGGUAAAGGUGUAAAGAGCCUUAAAAUGCCAUAAGUUUUGAAAAUAAAAAAGAUCAAAUAAAAUAGACGGUAUUGAAGUUUAUCAGUAGUCUUCCAGCCUCUCAGGUACCAAAUAGUUUAUGUAUUAGGAAAACAGGUAACAUGGGAGUCAGACUAGGAGAAUACGUAAUAGGCUUUGCAUCUAAAAGGCCAAGAAUUACGUCAUGCCUCCCCACUACUUCUAAUGUGAUGUUUGUAUGAUAUUGCAGCCUGUACUCAUAUGUCAUGUAAAUAAUACAAAACUUUAUAUUUUUCAGAGUCUCUUUUUUUUUUUUUUAAAGCUUUGGGGAGUCUUCUAUUGUUAACUCAAUAAAAAAAUAAAAGAGCUUGGAAAAACGUGCCUUCUUUCCA